CCUAGCGGAAGAAAGCUACGGGCCUUGUGCGCGUGCUUCGCUCGCUAUGGCGGCAGCUGAGAAACCUUUGGAGUUCUAUGCCAAGCGGCCCUGGGGCCCGGAGAACGGGCUAGAAGAUCCGGACGAAGACGAAGAGGAUGAUAACGAUGAAACCGAGGAUGCGUUCUCCCUUCAGGAAGUGUUGCGGCUCGGAGGCACCAAGCAAGAUUAUCUUAUGUUGGCUGCUUUGGAUGAGAAUGAGGAAGUUGUGGAUGGAGGCAAAAAAGGAGCAAUUGAUGAUCUUCAGCAAGGUGAAUUGGAAGCAUUUAUUCAGAAUCUUAGUUUGGCCAAGUACGCAAAAGCUUUCCUAAUUGAAGAAGAUCAACCAGCUAAAAAAGAAGAGUCCAGCAAGAAGGAAGCAAGAGUUUCUAAAGUAGAUAGUAAAAAGCAAAAGACAGCAGAAAGUGAAAGUAAGGUGAAAAAUAAGAAGAGGCCAGAACAGCACUCUGAUGAGAACAACAGUGCCAUAACAAAAACAAAGAAAGAUAAGCAACAGGACAUCUUUGAAUUUUUUGAGAGACAGACAUUGUUACUUAAGUCUGGCGGCAAAUGGUAUGAUCUGGAGUAUAGCAAUGAAUAUUGUUUGGAACCCCAGCCUCGGGAUGUUGUGUCUAAGUACAAAGCCUUGGCUCAGAAGUUGUAUGAACAUGAAAUCAAUUUAUUCAAAAAUAAGACGAAUAUCCAAAAGGGAGCCUCUUCUACCUGGAUGAAGGCGAUUGUAUCAUCAGGGACUCUAGGUGACAGGAUGGCAGCCAUGAUUCUUCUUAUUCAGGAUGAUGCUAUUCACACACUCCAGUUUGUGGAAACUCUCGUGAACCUUGUUAAAAAGAAGGGCAGCAAACAGCAGUGCCUCAUGGCUUUAGAUACUUUCAAAGAGUUACUUAUUACAGACCUUUUGCCAGAUAAUCGAAAGCUACGGGUUUUCAGCCAGCAUCCUUUCGACAAACUAGAGCAGUUGUCCAGUGGCAACAGGGACUCCAGAGACAGAAGACUCAUAGUAUGGUAUUUUGAACACCAGCUGAAGCACUUAGUGGCUGAAUUUGUGCAAGUCUUAGAAACUUUAAGUCAUGAUUCAUUAGUAACCACCAAAACUCGAGCCCUCAUGGUGGCUCACGAGCUUCUUUGUAACAAACCUGAGGAGGAAAAGGCCUUUCUUGUGCAGGUGGUAAAUAAACUGGGAGAUCCUCAGAACAGAAUAGCCACCAAAGCCUCCCAUCUGUUGGAGACACUGCUUUGUAAACAUCCCAACAUGAAAGGAGUUGUGUGUGGUGAAGUAGAGAGACUGCUGUUCCGCUCAAAUAUCAGCGCCAAAGCCCAGUAUUAUGCAAUUUGCUUUUUAAAUCAAAUGGUCCUCUCUCAUGAAGAAAGUGAACUAGCUAACAAAUUAAUAACUCUUUAUUUUUGUUUUUUUCGGACUUGCAUCAAGAAAAAAGAUAUUGAAUCAAAAAUGCUCAGUGCCCUUUUAACAGGAGUGAAUAGGGCAUACCCCUACGCCGAGACUGGUGAUGACAAAGUGAGGGAGCAGGUUGACACGCUGUUCAAAGUGCUUCAUGCUGUGAAUUUUAAUACCAGUGUGCAGGCUUUAAUGUUACUAUUCCAAGUCAUGAAUUCUCAGCAGACGAUAUCAGAUCGAUAUUAUGCAGCAUUGUAUCGGAAGAUGCUGGAUCCGGGGUUGAUGUUGUGUUCUAAGCAAGCCAUGUUUCUUAACCUUGUCUACAAGUCUCUGAAAGCUGACAUUGUGUUGCGGAGGGUGAAGGCUUUUGUGAAGAGGUUACUUCAAGUCACUUGUGAACAGAUGCCACCAUUUAUAUGUGGAGCUUUGUAUCUUGUGUCUGAGAUCCUUAAAGCAAAACCAGGUUUAAGAAGUCAACUGGAUGAUCAUCUGGAGUCUGAUGAGGAAGAAAAUUUUAUUGACAUAGCAGAUGAUGAAGAAGCAGAAAAAUUCACUGAUGCAGAUAAAGAAACAGAAACAGAUACCGUGAAAAAAGCUGAGAUGGAAGAAACUGAGUCUGAAAGUCAUGUGGGAACCAGAAAGGUAGAGUCUGCUUCGUGGGUGCACUUUGAUAAUUUAAAAGGUGGCAAACGGUUAAACACAUAUGAUCCAUUCAGUAGAAACCCUUUGUACUGUGGAGCUGAAAAUACGAGUCUUUGGGAACUCAAAAAGCUAUCUGAGCAUUUUCAUCCUUCUGUGGCCCUUUUUGCAAAGACUAUUCUUCAGGGAAAUUAUAUUGAGUACUCGGGGGAUCCACUGCAGGAUUUCACACUAAUGAGGUUCUUGGAUCGAUUUGUAUAUCGAAAUCCAAAGCCACAUAAAGGCAAAGAAAACACAGACAGCGUUGUGAUGCAGCCAAAAAGAAAACAUUUUAUGAAGGAUAUUCGUAGUCUUGCUGUUAACAGUAAGGAGUUCCUUGCAAAAGAAGAAAGCCAAAUACCAGUAGAUGAAGUGUUUUUCUACAGGUAUUAUAAAAAAGUUGCUAAUGUUAAAGUGAAACAAAAGCGGAAUGAAGAUGAAGAAAGUAUAGAAGAUGUGGACGAUGAGGAAUUUGAAAAGAUGAUUGACACAUUUGAAGAUGAUAAUUGCUUCACCUCUGGAACGGAUGACCUUGAUUUCGCUGGCAACAUGAAGAAGAAAGCAAAAGGAGCUAAGGAUGACUCAGAAGAUGAAGAUUCAGAAGAUGACGACCUUGAUAAUUUGGAUGAUGAUGAAGUUUCGUUAGGAAGUAUGAAUGAAGAAUUCGCUGAAAUUGAAGAAGAUGGAGGAACAUUCAUGGAUGUGUUAGAUGAUGAGAAUGAGGGCAUUCCAGAACUUGAUGAUGAAGUCAGACUCAAAGUCAAUAAUAAGAAAAACAAGAGAAAAGGUGCAAAUGAUUUUGACUUUGCUGGGUCAUUUCAAGGACCGAGAAAAAAAAAGAAGAGAGACUUUGAUGACUCCAACGUAUUUGUAUCUGCUGAAGAGUUUGGCCACCUGUUGGAUGAAAAUAUGGGAUACAAGUUUGAUAACAUUGGCAUGAAUGCCAUGGCUAACAAAGAUAAUGCAAGUCUCAAACAGCUUAGAUGGGAGGCUGAACGUGAUGACUGGUUACACAACAGAGAUGUGAAAAGCAUCAUCAAGAGGAAGAAAAAUUUCAGAAAGAGGCCAAAAACCACUCAAAAAAUUAAAAGGCAAAGAAAAUAAGUGUUUUCUAAAUAAAUUACAAAGUAAAAUUCCACUUACUCUUAAUUUUUACUGCUCAGCCAUUUUUCUUGAUCUUGCUCUCUGAUUCCAUACAUUCCAGAGUGUUCAAUGGAUUUGUAAUAAACUAUAAAUAAAAAUAGCUGUCAUUUAUAAAAUCAUGUAAAAGUAUUUAUACUGAGAAAAAAAAAUCAAGCUUUUCCCCCUUAUUUCUGCACAAUAAAAUGAAAAAGACAACAGGA